AUGCUAGUUCGAGGCACAGUAUUGGCAUUAUGCCUAGUGCACAUCGUGAAAACAAAAGUUCCUUCAAUCAACGACGAACAAAAGUUUCCGAUCAAUGGAGAGCAAAUGCUCCCCAUCAAAGAAAGUCAAAUGCUUCCCAUCAAAGAAAGUCAAAUGCUUCCCAUCAAAGAAAGUCAAAUGCUUCCCAUCAAAGAAAGUCAAAUGCUUCCCAUCAAAGAAAGUCAAAUGCUUCCCAUCAAAGAAAGUCAAUUUAUGCUUCCCACCAAUGAAAAACAAAUGCUUCCCAUAAAUGACGAUCAAAUGCUUCCAAUCAAUGAAAAACAAAUGCUUCCCAUAAAUGACGAACAAAUGCUUCCAAUCAAUGAAGAACAAAUGCUUCCAAUCAAUGAAGAACAAAUGCUUCCCAUCAAAGAAAGUCAAAUGCUUCCCACAUAUACGUGA